CUUUUAUCAAAAAAAUAGAACACAUAUAAUGGAAAGAGGUUUUUAGUCAAAAGUACACCGUGAAGUGAAACUGUUUGUUUAACUAUCCGGCUGUGUAACAUCAUCAUCGAUCUUCUCCCCUCUUCCCGAUCUUCCAUAUACUCAGAUUUAGGGUUUUCACUUUCAAUGGCGGAAGAUCUUGUUCUCGAUACUGCAAUCAGAGAUUGGGUUUUGAUACCUUUAUCUGUCGUUAUGGUUCUAAUCGGUGUUCUCCGCCAUAUUGUUUCUAAGCUUAUGCGUUCUUCUCAAACUCCUGAUGCCAAAAUUGUCAGAGAAGGGCAAGUGAUGCUUAGAGCUCGGAAUUUACGUACCGCGGCUAAUUUUAUUCCUUCCAAGGCGUUUCGUGCUCGCAAGCUUUAUUAUUGUAAUGAGGAAAAUGGUCUGUUGUUUGUUCCGAAGGGUCAAGCGACAAAUCCGCAAGCACAGAUGUUUUCUGAUCCGAACAUGGCUAUGGAUAUGAUGAAGAAAAAUCUUUCGAUGAUCAUACCUCAGACUCUUACUUUUGCUUUUGUGAACUUUUUCUUUUCUGGAUUUGUAGCAGCCAAGAUACCCUUUCCAUUGACACAGAGGUUUAGGUCCAUGUUACAGAAUGGGAUAGACCUCAGCACAGUUGAUGUUAGCUACGUCAGCAGUCGCUCUUGGUACUUCCUCAAUCUGUUUGGCUUAAGAGGAUUGUUUAGUCUCAUCUUGGGGGAAGAAAAUGCUGUAGAUGAUACACAAAGAAUGAUGCAAAUGGGUGGUGGAUUCGGAUUUGAUCCUUCAAAGGGUCUGAGUGUUGAGAAAGACAAUCUUGACAUUACGCAGCAUGACUGGGCCUUACCAAAUUUUGAGCAUCAUGCUGAAGAUGUGUUAAAGAAAGUCGUCAGCUGAACAAAGUCAAUAUGACAUAGGAAGUUUAAUUGCUUACUUUAGCGGACACACUUGUAUUCAGUUGCUGCGGUUGGACCUUUGCCAUCCACGGCAAAAACUAUUGAAGAUCUUGUUGAGACAAUGAGUGUGAUGUUGAAACAACAAAUUUUUAUAUUUAUUAUCAGAAAAAAUUGUCAUGAUUUUGUUGAAAUUAGAACUGAAGUUGAGCCAUGUAAUGUGUUUUAUUUAAGUCGUAUCUGAUAUGUAGUUCUGUACAGGUUAAGCCCUGAUCACCCACCCCCUCUUUAUAACUUUCCCCAAAAAUGCUAAUUACUACAUGAUAUAUGCAUACUGACUCAAUAAUUUAUGAUUGCUUA